AACAUCAUCAAUGAACAUUUAUGAUUGACGCAUUGCAUAGUAUUUUCUCAUCAUCAUAGUGCUUAGCGGGAGCGGGCACCCAAAAUGGACUCGUCAACAUCAAAGUCGAAUCACGCUAUUGAGCAGUGGACGACACUAUUUACGACUUGCUUUGGUCAUCGCAUUCGUGCGACUCAGCUAUCCAAGCCCAUAUCGGAGCUAUGGAAAACCCAACCCAUCACCGGAACGCGGUUAGCCAGUAUCGUUUUCACGUCAGGGGCUUCUGGAGUGGACCCCUUGAUCAACGAGUAUUUGGAACAGAUUCUUCGCACAACAUCUAUUGAUACGUGCGACAUCCUGAUUGCUUUGCUGGCUCAUUCGCGGUAUGCGCUCAAACGAAAAGCAGAGUCGUCAGUCACGCCUAUGAGCAACGCAUUUCUCGAGCACGUUCUAUCGCUGCUUGUACGCCUUGUCGCUGCUGGUGACCGACCCAAAACAGCGCGGGAGGCUCGUAAUGUUGUUCGAGCCCUUGGAGAAUGUCUUACUGCAUGCCGCGCUCACGAGAUGGUCCUCAUCAUGCAGAACGUUGAUGCGAUGCAGACUCCAGACCCGCAGGUCGUCACGUCCUUCGAAACACUUGCUACGCUCGCCAUCGCCAUCUUGAACAAUCCCAGAGUCAAGUCAGACAUCAAUGAUAAGUGGCCUGAAGACCUUAAACAGAAGCUUGCUACCGCGUGUAGCGAGUUCUCGGAGCUUAUUAGUCCGUGGUCCCAUUCGCAAAUCGGUCCAAGGCUCCAUAUGAUGGCGAAGACACCUCCCCUCGGCAAACCGGAUUUCAGCACUGCCGAAAUUGCUACCGCGGUCAACGACUUACCUAUCACCAAUUCGCGAGUUGGCCUUUACACCUAUCUGAACGCAGCACUAUCCGGUCGGCCCCUGACAGACGACAUGUCACUAUUCAACUACUUGCACGCCAAGUACCAGAAUGAUACACAAUCACUGGUUUCAGACUUGGUAGUCGCAUCAUUCGACACACUUGCCAAUGCGCUGCAACAACGCCAGUCUUCGAACCACAUCCUCUGUUACCGCUCAUUUAUCGCUAACAAGCUGCCUCUGUUGAUCACAACGCUAUCCGGCUCAUUCGCACCCAUGACGUCUCAAGUCUACAUCCAGAUGGCCUUAGGACGUGUUGAUGUCCACCCCUUCCCGCCCCUUUCUUCCGAUAAUGAUACUGCCAAUAACGAGAUUUUGAAGAAGAGCCGUCAGGAAUUCGUUCAGGCCUGCAUUCUGUUCGGACUCGGCAACGAACAAGCUUUCCAUUCCGUCAUGGGCGAUUCAUCUACACCAGCUACAUCCCGUGUGAUAAGGUAUCAUAGACAGUCUUUGACACAGCAAUGCAUCGCCAACAUACACCGUGUCGAAGAAUUAGCGCGCGAGUUGGAGAGCAUGAACGGUAACGCAGGCGCCAUCUCGGGAGCGCUGGUCGACACGAUACAACAUUUGUAUGCUGCCAAGGAGACCAUGUCCUUGAGGACAUUGUGCAACACUCUCUCUCGUCGACUGCCUUUGAUGGACAUCAUCCUUCAAUACGCCCAGCCGGCGGACGUACUUUCACCACUAUGCAGUUUGCUGAACGAGUGGACUCAUGAUGAGGACCAGAGCGAGUUCCAACCACCUUAUGAAGAGUUCGCUUCAGUCUUGCUGCUUGUGCUGGCCACCAUCCAUCGGUAUCAGCUUGCAGACACCGAAAUUGGAGCGUUCCCCUCCGACACAUUCAUCAUGAAACUUCUUAAUGAAUUGUCCACAAGUGUUUCCGUCAGCACCCUUGAUGAUGAGCAACAGAAGCAGCUUACGAAAUGGGUACAAGGAUUGUACGCAACUGACGAAAAUGGCGAGACGAACGGAAUCAGUGAUGAGACCAUGUCACAUUGUCCACCACAGGCUUUUUAUCUGCUGGUACCAACCUUGUUUGAGCAGAGCGUUCAAGCCUGCAAACUCAUGAUCCUUGCUAUGAACACGUUGAAAGGAGGACUCGAGUUCCUGCUGGAACCGUUCCUACUGCCUUCCCUCAUUGGCGGUCUUGGGUGGGUGACCAAACACUCUUGGGAGGAUCAUGGUGACACCGAGAUUCUCUUACAAAUGCUUCGAAAGCUUCUUCAACCAGAUUCGAUCUCUGGGGACGCUCAGGCGAUGCAUCAAACCAUACUUGGGAUGAUCGCAAGACCCUUGGUGAUGUCUCUACGCGACUUACAACGCAGACAGCCUAAGCGCAAGGACGUGGGCCCUCUUGUUGAAGUACUCGAACCUCAUUUGAACAGCCAGCGCUCAGGCCAGUGUAGCUCAGCAGAGGUCAAUCAGUGGUGUACUAUUCCCGAAGGUGGUAUGCGUGCUACUGUUCGCAGCAUCAUUCGUGGUCUCGCGCGCUGGUCUUCACAGGGUAGCGCUAACUCUAUGCCGUUCAAUUACACCCACCGAGCAAUCACUUCAGCUUUGAGCAUGCUUGGGGCCGAUGAGGUCCUUGCAAUUAUGCUGGAUGAAGUGAGAUCACAAACUCAAGCUGGAUCAGGCUCGGCUGCUCUUGAAGUCGCUACUACCAUUGUGUGUGCGCCUUCACCAACGUCGGCAUUAUCACAAGCCAACGCGCUCAUGCAAUUUGAUCAAAGUUCGCCACAACAUGUGAAUCAACGACGUACGCUGCGUCAAGCUUUGCAGGCUAGAUUGGAGGAGCCUAAGGAGCUCUUGAGUGCAGAGACCGAGCGCGUUGAAGCCCUGGUGAGACUUGGUCGCCGUGUCGAAGCGCAGCUUGCUGUCCCACCGCAGCUUAGCAUGCCGAUGACCAGCCUCGAUCUCGGCGACAUGAAUAUCGCAAGCACAGACAUGCUGACUGGCGACAUGCAAAUGAAUGAUGACACCACUAGCGAAGCAGCCACUGCAGCAGCUGUUGACCAGGAAUUUACCAAUUCUAUGGAUCAGUCACUUCAGAUGGAUACUUCCAGUAUCAACGACCCCAACGCCAUGUCGCUCGACAUAUCAAACAACCUUUUCGACGGCUCGGGCAUGGGUUUCGAUUUGACUGGCGCCUCGCAGCAACACAACCAUGGUCAGAUGAACAAUGACGACGACAUUUUUGCUGGUCUCGACAUGGAUCUGGGUGGCGAUGACUUCGAUUUCUCCUAGCCGGAGGGGUUAUUUCCAGCUCUCAAUGAUCUAUGCGUGGAUUGGAACAGGCCGCUGCCUGUUGACAGGCGUGAAGAGAGCGUUGCUGAUGGCUGGAGUGCCGCCCACCCUAGACCCAGUCGUGCUCUGUCUGUUGCUCUCGCCGCACAGCGCAGAUUCGGCAACGACGUUUUGAUCUUCAGCAUGCAGUCUGGCCGUGGCUCUGAUGGUAGGAGCGAACAGCCUGAGGACCCUGAGAGCCCUAGGCGUG